AUGCUUAUGUGUACAUCAUUUUAUAAAAUGUAUAGAAGGAUGUCGCUUUCAAACUAUUUAAGAGAUUAUGUGUCUGAUACUGAAAGUGGGGAAAUAACGUCUACAGACGAUGAGGAAGACGUUAUUAAGAAACCUGCAAUUCAGUCAGAGUCUACGAUUUUUGCAUUAGAUUUCUCGGCGCACUUGUCCACUUCAUUAUCUAAUGUGUUGUCAUAUCAUGCUGUUAUCUUUGACAUUGUGGAUACGAAUAAAGGCAGUCCUUACAAUGAGAUGACAGGACGAUUUACCUCACCGUUUAAAGGAAUAUAUGUCUUUUUUAUUACAAUUACCAGCACUGAAAAACUGAAAGCGUCGUUAUGUUUUAUGCAGAGGUUUAAACCAGUUUUUCAAUCAAAAGUAAAAGAAAUUGAGCAUUCAGUUGAAGGCUACAACACAAGGACUGUGGCUGUUGUACUCAACCUUGAUAAAGGAGAUAAGGUUUGGGUAUUGAACUGUACUAAGGUGUCAGAAGUUAGUCAAAUGUGCGAGCCCUAUUAUACAUCAUUUUCUGGAAGAUUAAUUGAAAAACAGAGCACUUUGUGAGUUUAUUGUAACAAUAUAUACAAUAAUGCAAUUGUCACUACUUUAUUAAAACUCAGCCAUUAAUCGUGCAUUGAUCUGGUAAAAAGACUAGCCCUAUUAUACAUCAUUUUCUGGAGGAUUAAUUGAAAAACAGAGCACUUUGUGAGUUUAUUGUAACAAUAUAUACAAUAAUGCAAUUGUCACUACCUUAUUAAAACUCAGCCAUUAAUCGUGCAUUGAUCUGGUAAAAAGACUCAACCGUGUAUCAACGGCAUAACGAUAUUGAGAUUAUCAUGCAUAUCUUGCACUAUUAUCCUCCAUACCAUAUACAUUAUCCAACUUAAGGUUGUUACACUACAAUGGUAAUAUACCGUUAUUUGAUUUAACCCCUGUGAUUUAGAAUAAACUGUGUUUACUCUAACGAAGUAUGUAUGUAUACUUUUCUUAAGAAUACAUGUUGUAAAAAUCACACUUUUGUUAUUAUUGUUUCUUAAAGUAAUUAUAUUUUAAAGUUGAAUCACAUGACCCAUAAAGAUAUAUCUCUCCCUCAGUGUGGUUUCACGUUGCAUGUACAGUUGACAAAAUAGCUUAUUGUCAUAUUUAAUGUGUUUCUGUCAUAAAAGAGCAUUGUAUUUAAGCACUAUUGUACCAUAUUCAUCUGUUAGUGUCAUCACAACUUCAAGUGAUACAAUAAGAUAUAUAUUUACAGAAAGUUGUCAUACUUACCUUGGUAUAGGCAACAAUUCUGUAAAACGGAUUUAAUAAAUUACUAAAGAGUACAUGUUACUUUUAUAUAAAAUGCAUUGAAAUUCUUUAAAAUUUGCAUCACAAAGUAGGCCAGAAACAAAAUGAGAGUGUAUUUGGAAAGAUACAACAAACCCUAAUUGCCUGUAUAAACAGUAUUUUUUUUAAGGAGAGCUAUUAAGCUAGUUUACUUCACAGGAUAUUGGAAUAUAACAAGGACAUUUCAUACAUGAGGUGAGUUCUGUUAGAAUAACAUUGUAUAAAACUGUUUCUAAGUAACAGUUAUUCAAACAAAAAUUGACACUUGGGCUAUUUGUGCACUUUAAUAUUUAGUCAAAAAUAAAUCCGGCUCAGUAUAGACUUAUUUUGCAAUUUUGCAUAGUUAUAUUGUAAAUGUCUGGUUUUUAAAAACAAAACUCAAACUAAGAAUCUUAAUGCGAUUAUUACAAUUACUUUCAUAUCCUUUCCUCACCUGUAACAUGAUAAAACGUAUUAGCGUCUGAUGGC